UAAUAUUCAUGAAAUGGCACACGUGACCACGCCCCAUUUAUAAUGUACAAGGCAACGCGUUGGUCCCGCCCCUUCAUAAAUUCUCCACUAGCUCCACCCUCUUGUCCAUCACGACGUUGUUCGCUCUGGCGCUCAGGCUGUCAGUCAGAAACUCUGUCCUUCUGAGGAGAUUAAUGUCGAAAUAAGAACCGCGGAGUGCAGCUGUGAUUUAUUUAUAAGAGGGAAAAAAGCGGAUUAUGGCUGAAAACCCUCAGAGUGGAGUUUAUUCAUCGAGAACGGGAUUGCAUGAUGUCCCGGUGAGAGGAGCCGCUGACAGGAGAUGAGCUCGAGACUUGGUGCGCUCGCGCAGAAAGUGUGUGACAGGAAAGAGCUCGGCUAACGGCUAACAAAUCUCUCUCUCUGUUCAUGAGGAAACUUCUGUCUGUGUCUCUCUGAGCUUUGUGUGUUGUAGCUGAAUGUUCUAACAGUAAAAAGGAGAAGAAUGGCGAAGAUCUGCACCAAGCGCUCUUACCCGUCUCAUCACCGGCUCUCAGUCCGGGCCUCCACUGACGAACUGGACCAAAUCGAUAACCGCACCAGCAGGACACACUCGAUAUGCGACGACACCAUCUCUGAUAUGAACAGGGACAGUCAGCUCCAGGAGUCUCGCAGGAGCUCCUUCACAGGGGCAGGGGCCAUGGCUCGGCUGUCCCACUUCCUGUUCAUGCUGAGGAACUGGGCGUCUCACAGGCUACAGCCCGAGGUCGAGCGCCCCGACUCCUUCCUGGAGCGAUUCCGGGGUCCCGAGCUCAAAGACCUCUCAAGCCGCGGGAGCAACGCCCGCUCCUCGUUAGGUCACCCCGAGCGACCUCACAAGAGGAAUCACUGGCCACUUGCACUUUACAACACCAACAACUGCAACAACACAGACGACAAAAAAGAGGAAACUAAGAAAGAUGAGAAAAAAGUGGAAGAGAAAAAAGAUGGGGACAAGAAGGAAGAGAAAAAAGAUGAAAAGAAGGAUGAGAAAAAAGAUGAAAAGAAGGACGCAAAAAAAGAUGAAAAGAAAGACGAGAAAAAAGAUGAAAAGAAAGACGAUAAGAAGGAUAAGAAAGAUGAUAAAAAGGCAGAAGAGCCCAAGAAACACCCAUGGGUCAUGGAUCCAGCCACAGACACAUACUAUCGAUGGCUAGUGAUAAUAGCAGGGCCAGUGUUUUACAACCUGAUGAUGCUCAUAACAAGAGCAUGUUUUAAUGAGCUUCAGGACUCGUACACGACUCUGUGGAUGGUCCUGGACUACUCCUCAGAUUUGAUCUACUACAUGGAUACGUUUGUGAGAUCAAGAACAGGUUUCCUAGAGCAAGGACUUCUAGUGAAAGAUACCAAGAAGUUAAUGGAGAAUUACAGAAAAAUGGCACAGUUUAAAUACGACGUCUUCUCCAUGCUCCCAACGGAUAUUUUCAUGAUCAAAGUGGGAUACAACAACCCUGAACUACGUUUCAACCGCCUCUUCAAAAUGGCGCGGCUCUUCGAGUUCUUCGAUCGAACCGAGACCAGAACUAACUAUCCCAACAUCUUCCGUAUCAGCAACCUGGUACUGUACAUCCUGGUCAUCAUCCACUGGAAUGCCUGCAUCUUUUUCGCUAUUUCCAAAACCAUUGGCUUCGGGACAGACACGUGGGUGUAUCCGAACAUCAGUCAUCCGGAAUACGGGCGCCUGGCUAGGAAAUACAUCUACUGCCUGUACUGGUCCACGCUCACCCUCACCACCAUCGGAGAAACCCCGCCUCCGGUCAGAGACGUCGAGUACUUGUUUGUGGUCACCGACUUCCUCAUCGGAGUACUGAUCUUCGCUACGAUCGUCGGUAACGUGGGUGCCAUGAUCUCCAACAUGAACGCGUCACGCGCCGAGUUCCAGGCCAAAAUCGACUCCAUCAAGCAGUACAUGCAAUUCCGAAAGGUCACCAAAGAUCUAGAGGCGAGAGUCAUCAAGUGGUUCGAUUACCUCUGGACGGAGAAGAAAACCUGUGACGAGAAGGAGGUGCUGAAGAACCUUCCCGACAAGCUGAAAGCGGAGAUCGCCAUUAACGUCCAUCUGGACACGCUGAAGAAGGUGCGCAUCUUCCAGGAUUGCGAAGCCGGGCUGCUCAUUGAACUGGUCCUAAAACUUCAGCCUCAAGUCUUCAGCCCUGGAGAUUACAUCUGCAAGAAGGGCGACAUCGGACGAGAGAUGUACAUCAUCAAAGAAGGGAAGCUCGCCGUGGUGGCAGAUGACGGCAUAACACAGUUUGUCGUGCUCAGUGACGGCGCGUACUUCGGAGAGAUCAGCAUCCUUGGAAUCAAAGGAAGCAAAGCCGGGAACCGGAGAACCGCAAACAUCCGCAGUGUAGGCUACUCCGACCUCUUUGCCCUCUCCAAAGACGACCUAAUGGAGGCGCUGACCGAGUACCCGGAAGCUAAAAAGGCGCUGGAGGAGAAGGGGAAGGCUAUCCUGAGGAAGGACAACCUCCUGGACGAGGCAGCGGCCGGCAGCGGAGCCGACCCCAAAGAUCUGGAAGAGAAGAUCUUACGACUGGAGAGCAACCUUGACUUAAUGACCACCAAGUUCGCCAGACUGCUAGCAGAAUACACGUCCUACCAGAGCAGGAUCAAGCAGAGGAUCACCAACAUGGAGAACAAAGUGAAGACGCUGAGGGAGGAAGAUCUCUCCGAGGUGGUGGCCGACAAAAAGGAGGAGGAGAAGAAAAAAUAGGCCACACUUUCUGGAAGACAGGAGGUUUUAUUUAAAGGUUCUACAUGUUUAUAUUUUUUUGUAUACGAGUGGUUUUCAGUUUUAUUUAUGUGUACAGACUGUAGAUCUUUAAAGGUUAAAUAUGUUUUCCAAAAAAUGUACUGUAGAUUAUAUGUGAUCUGUGAAUGAUCUACUUGUAGCUUCUUUAAAGAUGUUUUUCAGUCUCCACUGCAUCUCUUUACUCCAAAGUAAACACUCCUGACACUGGAGACCCCUUCCGUAAAUGAAUCCUGAAUCCAGCAGCACCGUGGCGUGAAUACGAUUCGUAACACCUAGUCUAUAAGAUAGAAGACUUAUCAAAUGUAACGGAACGCCAUCCUGGAGAAAUAAACUGAGAUCCUUUUUUUAUUUCUGUCUUCAGACUUUAAACACAGCAGUUCAGGAGAAUGAGGUGAGGGAGUGAUGAGAGAGGAGGACAGGAAAGGAGGAGAGGGGUAAGAGAGAGAGAGAGAGGAAAGAUAUUUAUUAGCAUCAGGAUUGUUCUCGAUUUCUGCACCAAAUAUUUUGGCCAGAGCUCAAAAUUUAUAAAAUUACUCUGCCAAUUCAGAAAAACCCCAACUACUUUUUACUCUAUUGUUCCUGAUAAGAAUAUUAAAAAGCAUAAAAAGAUAAAAGGAAUGAAGGAAUGUUAAAGAGAAAGGUCCAGAAAAACAGGAUUAGGAAUAUUUUCUUGAAACGUUUCUCAACUGGAGAUCAACAUCUGCCUCUUGACCACCACUCACUGAUUUAAUGCUGUGUUAGUGAGACAUUCACCGGAUAUCAUCACAAACCUCUCCUUUAAUUUAUUGUUCAUGACAAAGCUUAAAAGAAUUCAAGAAGCCCAAGUUCAUUCAGAAAAAUCUCAUUUUUCUUAUUCCUUAUAAGCUAUAUGUAAAUGAACAGAUAUGAAUAAUACAAUUUAAAAACAUAAUUUAUUCCUGCCUUUUAUGUCUUUAAUGUUAUUUAUUUUAAAAUUGGGGAUUGGGUUCAGAAACCAUUUCAACUAGCACCAGAAUUUUCCCUCCAUGUUGGAAUGAUCACAUUUUUUAUUCUACAGAACUGCUCUACACACACUAUAUUUAUAAUUUAUAGAAGAAAUAACCUUCUGGAAUAAUCUGUUUCUCAGACACACUGCUGAGGGACUGAAAGAUUGCUGUUCUACUUAAUCAGUGACACUGAUUAUAAUUCUGACUGAUCUGGUUCAGAUCAGGUUCUGGUCACUGAAGUAGAAUAUUAAUACAUCACUGCCACCUAGUGGAUAGAUUUCAAACUGCAGCGACAAAUAAACAAACAAAUAAAUACACACUGCCGCUUUAUUUGUUAUUUUUAGUUCAAAGAAUAUGUAAUUCUUUAUGGCAUGGAUUCCACCAGACAUUCCUUCACAUUACUGGUGCGAAUCUUCUGUUCUACUGCAUCUCAAAAGCUUUCUAAUGAACAUCAGAUCUGCUGAUUGAAAAGGACACUGAAGCAACUCACCGCCAUGAUCAUGGAACCAGGUGAUUUGUGUGCACUGGUCAUCUAAGAUAACAAGCUCCACCAGCACCAUGAACGGUUCUUUCCAAUCUCCAUCAGUCCAGUUCAAACUGCUUCAGGUUGCAGUUCUUGGCUGACCGCAGUGGCUCUGGACUAGACUGGUCUACAGAACUUCACCACUCUUUUAUGAUUAUUCCUCAUCUCUGAGAUGAAGGACAAUGACUACACUACCUACACUGUUAAUGAUCUUGAUGUGGAAAAUCCGCUCAAGCAGGAAACAAAGUGAGCUUGAGGUAAUACAGAGAUUUGUUCAGUCUGCUAGCACGCUUUGCUUAUGAUGGUGAGGAGCUUUGUGAUGAUGGUGUGUAUUAUUUUCUCUGAGCCUUAUACCACAAUCAGACUUUCAUCCUUAACUUUGUUGAAGUCACUUGUAGUUUGUGCUUGUGGGCGUGGCCUGUCCUUUUUUUUUUCUUUUUUUGGUGAUUGUUGUCCUGAUGGCAAACGGUAGAAGCUAGAUAUUAAAGCUGAUUAAUUACAAACAAACUAAAUGACACACCAAACAGGAAAUCAUUAUAUGCAAUCGUCAGAGCAGAGGAAUGACACAAUGAGACUAAUUUGCAUAAAACUGAGAAAUUCAAAAUGUUCACAUUGUUGCUGAAAGAACUGCUCUGUGCCACCCCUGUACAUAGAACACAGAAGAACCGCCCAUCGCUCGCACUAGUACAACAGAGACAACGACAUGUCUUCACGUUGAAAUAAUAACAAGAAUCAUGGACAUCUCUCUCUCACUCUCUCUCUCACACGGUUUUUUCAGUUUUUUUUUAAUUUAUUUAAGAAUAACUUGAAACAAUCAAUUAAAUGCUUU